UGUAAGGAAAAUCCCGCGAGCUCAGACUCAAAACAAGUGAAGAUGUCCACAUGACCGUCAUUCUCAGCAGUUUAUUUAUCAAGCUAUAAUAUAAUUUAUCCGCCGUAAAUCAACAAGAAGAAGAACUAAUAAACUCUCACAGCUUUUAGGCUAUAAUGAGACAUGAACAUGGAUGUUUUGAGAAGACCUGCCAUUCCCGAAGACGCGGUCCAGUAUCAGCUGUUUCUGGCUCACCCUGACCCAUCAGACGCAGAAGCCAAUGAGAAAUCCCUUAAACAGAUCCUGCAGAACAUCCUCGCUGAGAUCGCCCCUCUUCUGGUGCCGUACAUCUGGCAACAUCAGCCCUUCAAUAUAAGAUACCACCCUGAGAAAGGUGAUGUGCCCGCACACCUGGGUGGUGUUACUGAGUUUGGUGAUAAUGUGGAGGAUGAAUGGUUCAUCGUUUACCUGCUAAAAGAGAUCACACGCACCUUUAGUGAUGUAGCUGUUGUUGUCUAUGAUAAUGAUGGACAGUUUAUUCUGAUUGAAGCAGCUGAACACCUGCCAAAGUGGCUGGACCCUGACAGCAGUGAAAACAGGGUGUUCCUGUACCGGGGAGAGCUGCACAUAUUACCCAACCGUACACGUUCUGGAGAGGUUGGCUGGCCCAGAGACUCAGUGCCUGCUGUGGGUCAGGCUCUAGAGGUGCUGAACUCACACACUGAGAGCUGUUUAGCCAAACAGCCUGUACGCUCCGCUCUGGCCAGGAGGCUGGAUGGGUAUCCAGAUAAAAUCCAGCAGAAUUUCCACCGCACCCACUGUUACGUGCCUGCGGGCAUCGCUGUGGUGUUGUCUAGGAGGCCUGACCUUAUAGCCCCAGCUGUGUCUACUUUCUAUCUGCGUGACCCUGUUGACCUCCAGGCCUGCCGAACUUUCCGCACCUUUCCUCCUGACACCAGAGUUAUGACAUCAGUGAAGUUUACUCGAUGCUUGUACGCACAGCUGCAACAACAGAGUUUUGUUCCAGAUCGGCGGAGUGGUUUCACGCUUCCCGUCCGCUCUCAUCCCCAGUACAGAGCUCACGAGCUGGGAAUGAAACUGGCCCAUGGCUUUGAAAUCAUGUGCUCCAAAAGUGGACAGUCUUCAUCAGAGCAAGAGACUUCAGUCAGCAGUAACCCAUUAUGGAGAGGCUUUUUAGAUAGCCUUAAAAAGAAUGGGUACUUUAAGAGUGAGCUAGAAGGAUCUGCUCGAUACAAAGACUUAUUGACAUCAGCAGAAAGUUUCUUCAGGCAGUCGGUAACCAGCACUCAUCGCCCUGAUAUUCAUAAGCCUGGUGAUGAGGUGUUGAAAGUCUUGGAGGGCGCCUCCUUCAGUUUGGAAGACCUCAAAAACCAAGAGGCACAUCUACCACCAGAGGACAGUGAUGCGUGGUUGGACAUCUCACCUCAGGAGCUGGAGAGGCUGCUUGAGGAGAAAGGAAGUCGAAGGAUGACUGAUGGCACUCGUAAGACGGCACAGCCUGAUGAGGAGGAGCAGGAGGAAGAAGCUGGCUACAGUCUGAUAGCUGUAACGCAAGGCAUGAAGAACUUCAUCAAUGCCAUGUCUUCUCAUGAAGGUGCUGAAAUACCCAGGUCUUGCUUGGUUGAGCCCUUCAGUUUUGAUCCAGAUGCAGUAACCAGUGCUCUUGAUAGAUUGCUAGGAACUAAGGAUGAGGAGUUAGACUCUGACGACUUUGAUGAUGAUGAUGAUGAUGAUGAUGAUGAUGAUGAUGAUGAUGACGACAACAAUGAUGGUGAUGAAAAUGAAGAAGUGCAGAAUGGUGGCUUUCAGGAACAAGCAGGUUCAGAGGAGCUGGAGAAUCUGAAGAAGUACAUGGCUGAAAUGGACCAGGAACUGCAAAGCACAAAUAUUGGCCAAAGCUUUACACAGAAUAACAGAGCCAGUAAUAAAGCAGAUGCAUCUAAAAGCUCAUCAGCCACCUCUGGGUCAGAGCUUGAGGAAGAAAUCCAGCCGCUAGAUGUGGAUCUCAACCUGGUUACAAAUUUACUUGAAUCUCUCGCUUCUCAGGCGGGCCUAGCUGGGCCUGCGUCUAAUCUACUGCAGAGUCUAGGCAUCCACAUCCCACCUGACGCAGAUCAGCCCUGAUAAGAAAUGGAAGAAUCAACUCACAGAUUCUUAUCACGCACUCAGCGUUCCUUCACCUAAUAAACUUCAGCUGUUGCUCUAUCAGCUGACUAUAUUUGAAUUUAUGAUGUUCUGUUCCACACCUAGUACUGAAUUGUGAAUUAUUACCUCCAAACAUUGAUAUUUUCUUCAAAACAGAGCACUUCCAUUAAAAUUGACUGGGAAUUUCUUCCUGCACAAAAUCUGAGAAGUUGUUUAUCAUGUUGUUCAUAAUUAAAAUGUAUUUUACUCCCUCUUUUUGAAUAAAGAUAAUAUUUUCUGA